CCUGUCACAUCUAUACUUCUCCAGCGCUCUCAAACUGCAUAUGACAUACCGUUUGCAUCGGAGAUAUUUUCUCCACCAGUACACGCAUUACAGGAAGUAAAGGGGCUUCACAGAAACCAAAAGAAAAAUUCUAAUCUAAAUAAAGACAUUGGCUUCAUAACUUCCUCUUUGUUAGAUCGAAGCUCGGCAGCAAUGGCACAUAGUCGUCACUCAUACAGCCCUCAGAACAGUUACGAUGCCAACACGAUGGAUCUUUGAGGAAUACCUUCAUGGACCAUAGCACAACUUUGCCUGUCAACAUGGAGACUGAAGUUCCUCAAGUGUAUCGGAUUGCCAGCCUAGUGUUUUACGGCAUUAUCUUCAUCAUAGGCACAGUGGUCAACCUGACAGCCCUCUGGGUCUUUGCCUUGACCACUAAAAGACGAAACUCCAUCACUGUUUACAUGAUCAAUGUCGCUUUGGUGGACCUGUUAUUUAUCUUACAGCUGCCCUUUCGAAUGGUCUACUACAGUCAAAACUAUUGGCCCUUCGGGGACAUCUUCUGCAGGAUUAACGCAGCACUGACUGUACUCUAUCCCUGCCUGGCUUUGUGGCUCUUUGCCCUCAUUAGCACAGAUCGCUACGUGGCCAUAGUGCAGCCGCGGCACACACGAGAACUAAAAAGCAUCCGUAAAGCCUUGCUGUCCUGUGCAGGAGUCUGGAUCAUGACCCUGGGCAGCACGGCUCCACUCGUCUUUCUCGAAGAAGAUCCAGAUCGUGGAUCAAACUUCACAACUUGCAUCAAGAUGCACGACAUCAUCUACCUGCGCCGUGACAACCCUGUCCACUUUGCACGAAUCGUCUUCUUCUUUCUAGUGCCGGUGUGCAUAAUGGUGGGCUGUUACAUUACCAUCGUGGAUAACCUCAUUCAUGGCCGCACAUCCAAACUGAAGCCCAAAGUAAAGCAGAAGUCCAUCAGGAUCAUCAUCACACUGAUCAUUCAGGUGCUUGUGUGUUUUGUGCCUUUCCACAUCUGUUUUGUUUCCAUGCUGCUGGACACCAAUGGGAAAGGUUACAACACCUGGGGUGCCUUCACCACCUUCCUGAUGAACUCCAGCACUGUGCUGGACAUCAUACUCUUCUACAUCGUGUCAAAGCAGUUUCAGGAUCGUGUGAUCAGUGUGAUCCUGUACAGGAACUAUUUAAGGAGCGUUCGCAGGAAGAGCCGUCACACCAACAGCGUUCGCUCGCUCAGUAAUCUGACCAGUGCCAUGAUCUGAGGAAAAAUGCAGCUGGCAAUGACAAUGUAAACAAGCUGGUGUUUGGAAAUAAAUAGCAGACCAAGAUUUAAAUAGCAAAACGAGAUGAAUGUUGGUCAAUCCAUGAAUUGAACUCUUUCUUUUCAAAUAUCAUGUGAGCAAGGAGACAAAUCACAUGGUAUAGAUUCAUUGCAAGUUGCUGGACUGAAUCGCUGAUCAUUCGCAUAAAAUCAGUUUUGCUGCCGGAUAUACAACACCAACCAAGUAAACUGUGCUGGAAGUCACAAAAUGUGGACACACCCUUUCAAACUGUUUGUUUUGAUUUGUUGUUUUGAGCUUUUAAAAGUGAGUAAAAGUUUUUAAAAGGUUUAAAUUUGGAUGAUACAAUCAGGGCCAUAUCGUGUCAAACUUUCCAUUACAUUAUAAUUCAAUCAAAAAUAUGUACAGUAUAUGAAAUUAGGGAAUGUGCUUGCACAUUACAGCAGGAAGUUUGAAAUGAUUUCCUUUGCAAAAUCUUUGCAGUUCUUGCACAAUCUGUGCAAAACCAGUUAUUCUUUUUCUGAGCAUGCUUUUUAUCACAGCAAGUAUGAUCUUCAGAAAGAGUCAAUGUCUUUGAUGGGGUUAGUUCAAAAGACGUGUACCAUACUGUAUGUUGUCUUUCUAGAAGUGUAAAACAUUGCCAUUCAAUCUGGAUUGCAAUACACAUUACAUUUCCCAAAAAAGGGAAAAAUAAGUAUUUAAAUUACAUAGCCUAUUGUAAGAGCACUUUAUUUUUAUAUUUUAUAUUAUAUUA